AUGCCCCCCAAGGCCGCUGACAAGAAGCCCGCCGCCAAGGCUCCCGCCACUGCCUCCAAGGCGCCCGAGAAGAAGGAUGCCGGCAAGAAGACUGCUGCCUCUGGUGACAAGAAGAAGCGCUCCAAGACCCGCAAGGAGACUUACAGCUCGUACAUCUACAAGGUCCUCAAGCAGGUCCACCCCGACACUGGUAUCUCCAACCGUGCUAUGUCUAUCCUGAACUCGUUCGUCAAUGAUAUCUUCGAGCGUGUCGCUACUGAGGCCUCCAAGCUUGCUGCCUAUAACAAGAAGUCCACCAUCUCCUCGCGCGAAAUCCAGACCUCUGUCCGUCUGAUCCUGCCCGGCGAACUGGCCAAGCACGCCGUCUCUGAGGGCACCAAGGCCGUCACCAAGUUCAUCUCUUCCACGAAAUAA